CCAUUAACAAGGUCUUCUACUUCAGCAUGACGCUGCCCAAAAAAAUGAAGCUACUCCUGCUCCUGGCUUCCCAGACGGCUGUCUUUGUUCUCUUCAUCCUUCUGUACUCCCACAGCUUCAACUCCCUGCAGGUGAAGGAAGAACCCAAGCCCGCGUACAUGCAUGUGCUCAUCCUGUCUUCGUGGCGCUCUGGCUCUACUUUCGUAGGGCAGCUUUUUGGACAGCACCCAGAUGUCUUCUACCUGAUGGAGCCCGCCUGGCACGUCUGGAUGACCUUCACACAAAGUACUGCCCAGAGGUUGCAUAUGGCAGUGCGGGAUCUCAUACGGGCCGUCUUUCUGUGUGACAUGAGCGUCUUUGAUGCCUACAUGAAACCUGGUCCCCGAAAACAGUCCAGCCUCUUCCAGUGGGAAGGCAGCCGGGCCCUGUGUUCUCCACCUGCCUGCAGCAUCUUCCCGCGAGAUAAGAUCAUACCCCAGGAUCACUGUAGGCUUCUGUGCAAUCAAGAGCCCUUUGAGGUGGUGGAGAAGGCCUGCCGCACUUACAGCCACGUGGUGCUCAAGGAGGUACGUUUCUUCAAACUGCAGGUGCUCUACCCGCUGCUGAGAGACCCUUCCCUCAAUCUGCACAUUGUGCAUCUGGUCCGGGACCCCCGGGCGGUGUUCCGUUCCCGAGAACACACCACAAAUGAACUCAUGAUUGACAGCCACAUUGUGAUGGGGCAGCAUCUGCAGAAACUCAAAAAGGAGGAUCAACCCUACUACGCAAUGCAAGUCAUCUGCCAAAGCCAGCUGGAGAUCUUCAAGGCUGUGCAGUCCUUGCCCAAAGCCCUGAGGCAGCGCUACUUGCUCGUGCGCUAUGAGGACUUGGUCCGGGACCCCCUGGCCCAGACUGCCCGAAUGUAUGAAUAUGCAGGGUUGAAAUUCUUGCCCCAGCUCCAGACCUGGGUGCACAACAUCACUCGAGGCAAGGGCAUGGGUGAGCAUGCCUUCCACACAAAUGCCAGGAAUGCCCUCAAUGUCUCUCAGGCCUGGCGCUGGUCCUUGCCUUAUGAAAAGGUUUCUCGGCUUCAGAAAGUCUGCAGGAAUACCAUGAAUUUGCUGGGCUAUCACCUUGUCACAUCUGAGCAAGAGCAGAAAAACCUGUCGCUGAAUCUUCUGUCUACCUGGAGCCCCUCUGAGCAAGUCUACCAAGAGGUUGAGGAGGCUCUGUCUCCACCUGGCACCAACUUCAGCCACGUUAACUGA